AUGAGUCCAAUUCAGAAUUUUGAGCAACACUCUCGUCGUCUCGUGGAGCCUGACCUACCUAUCCAGACGAGGCUUGAGAUGGUGGUGGAGGUCAGGGACAGUCUAGAGAUCACACAUACGGCUGAAUACUUGAAUUUUCUGAAAUGUUACUUCCGGGCAUCUUCAGUGAUUCUUCUUCAGAUUACAAAGCCUCAAUUCUCUGAUAAUCUUGAGCACAAACUACGGAACAUCGUGGUUGAGAUACUCAAUCGUCUGCCACAUAGCGAGGUUCUUCGUCCCUUUGUUCAAGACCUCUUGAAAGUUGCAAUGCAGGUGCUCACUACAGAUAAUGAGGAGAAUGGGUUAAUAUGCAUUCGCAUAAUCUUUGACCUUCUUAGAAACUUUAGGCCAACAUUAGAAAAUGAGGUUCAACCAUUCUUGGACUUUGUCUGCAAGAUAUACCAGAACUUCAAAUUGACGGUCAGCCAUUUUUUUGAGAAUGUCAAAAUUGAAGAGGCGAAACCUAUGGAGAUAUCUACACCAUCUGAUCAGUCGCUGUCCCUUACCGCACAUUUCAGGAAUGGGCAGAUUAACCCGAGUACGCGUUCGUUCAAAAUAGUCACAGAGAGCCCCCUCGUCGUUAUGUUUCUUUUUCAGCUGUAUAGCAGGCUUGUUCAGACCAAUAUUCCUAACUUGUUGCCCCUGAUGGUUGCUGCUAUUUCUGUCUCUGGACCUGAGAUAGUUUCUUCACAUAUGAGGCCUCAUUUCAUCGAACUGAAGGGUGCUCAGGUUAAGACGGUUUCUUUUUUGACUUAUUUGUUAAAAAGUUGUGCCGAAUAUAUCAGGCCGCAUGAAGAAAGCAUAUGUAAGAGCAUUGUAAAUUUGCUUGUGACCUGUUCAGAUUCUGCAUCUAUCAGAAAGGAACUAUUGGUCUCACUAAAGCAUGUACUGGGAACGGAUUUCAAGAGAGGUUUAUUUCCUCUUAUUGACACUCUUUUGGAAGAAAGGGUUCUAGUUGGAACGGGGCGUGCAUGCUUUGAGUCUUUGAGACCUCUGGCUUACAGCCUACUGGCCGAGAUUGUUCACCAUGUUCGAGCAGAUCUGUCCCUUUCUCAGUUAUCGCGGAUCAUCUACUUAUUUUCAAGGAACAUGCAUGACUCGACCCUCUCUCUUAACAUCCAUACGACUUGUGCACGGCUGAUGUUAAAUCUGGUAGAACCAAUAUUUGAGAAAGGUGUUGAUCAGCAGUCAAUGGAUGAAGCGCGGAUUUUGUUGGGACGUAUCCUGGAUGCCUUUGUUGGGAAAUUCAAUACCUUCAAGCGUACUAUUCCUCAGCUUUUAGAGGAGGGUGAGGGAAAGAAUCUUAUCACUUUGAGGUCGAAGCUUGAACUUCCUGUCCAGGCAGUUUUGAAUUUGCAGGUUCCUGUCGAACAUUCCAAAGAAGUGAAUGAUUGUAAAAAUCUGAUCAAGACACUGGUGAUGGGAAUGAAGACAAUCAUAUGGAGUAUAACCCAUGCACAUUCACCCCGACCUCAAGGAAUGCACCCACAAGCUCUUGCGUUACAAUCAUCAGUUACACAGGUUUUUAAAGGAAUGCGAGAAGAUGAGGUGUGGAAAGCCUCUGGUGUUUUAAAGAGUGGUGUCCAUUGCUUAGCUCUCUUCAAAGAGAAGGACGAGGAGAAGGAAAUGCUAAACCUUUUCUCCCAAAUUUUGGCUAUAAUGGAACCUCGAGAUCUAAUGGAUAUGCUCUCUAUAUGUAUGCCUGAACUUUUUGAGUGCAUGAUUGACAAUACUCAACUGGUUCAAAUAUUUGCCACUCUCCUCCAAGCUCCCAAAGUAUACAAGCCAUUUGCAGAUGUUCUGAUUAAUUUCCUAGUAAGCAGCAAACUCGAUGUUCUGAAGAAUCCAGAUUCAGCUGCUACUAAAUUAGUUCUGCAUCUCUUCCGGUGUCUCUUUGGGGCUGUUUCUAAAGCACCAUCUGAUUUUGAACGAAUAUUGCAACCUCAAGUGUCUGUUAUUAUGGAAGUCUGCAUGAAGAAUGCGAUUGAAGUUGAAAAGCCCCUUGGUUAUAUGCAAUUGCUCCGAACUGUUUUCAGAGGACUUGCUGGAUGUAAAUUCGAGAUCCUUCUUAGAGAUUUAAUCCCCAUGCUGCUUCCUUGUCUUAAUAUGCUGCUGACAAUGCUUGAGGGCCCCGCCGGGGAAAACAUGAGAGAUCUUUUGUUGGAGCUUUCUUUGACGCUUCCUGCACGCUUAAGCUCAUUAUUACCAUACCUUCCCCGCCUCAUGAGGCCUCUUGUAUCCUGUUUGAGAGGAACUGAUGAACUUGUGAGCUUGGGGUUACGCACUCUUGAAUUCUGGGUGGAUAGUCUAAAUCCUGACUUUUUGGAGCCAAGUAUGGCAGAUGUAAUGUCUGAAAUGAUCUUAGCAUUAUGGUCUCACUUGAGGCCGGUGCCAUACCCUUGGGGUGGAAAAGCGUUACAAAUCGUGGGAAAGUUGGGUGGUCGCAACAGGCGAUUUCUUAAAGACCCACUUACACUUGAAUGCAAAGAUAAUCCAGAGCAUGGGCUUCGCUUAGUUCUGACAUUCGAGCCGUCCACUCCAUUUCUUGUGCCAAUGGACAAAUUCAUUAAUCUUGCUGUAGCAUCUGUUAUUCAGAAAAACUUCACUACAGAAAUCUACUACAGAAAGCAAGCUCUAAAAUUCCUCCGCGUUUGCUUAGUGUCUCAGCUUAAUUUGCCUGGGUGUGUCACUGACGAGGGUCAGACGACUAAGCAGUUAUCAACUUUGUUACUUUCCUCUGUUGAUUCAUCUUGCCACGGGACUGAAUUAACAGAAAUAGAGGCUGACUUAGGGGUUAAAACAAAGACGCAAUUAAUCGCGGAGAAGUCAAUCUUUAAGAUGCUAUUGAUCACUAUAAUUGCUGCCAGUUCUGAUCCGGAUCUCAGCGACUCAGAUGAUGAAUUUGUUCUAAACAUAUGUCGGCAUUUUGCAAUUAUUUUGCACGGGGACUAUACCGCGUCGUAUGCUUCAACUAGUACUGGUCCACCUGGGGGUUCUGUGAUUUCAACAAGUUCCAGGCCCAAGAAUAAUUCGUCUACUAAUUUAAAACAGCUGGAUCCUUUGAUAUUUUUAGAUGCACUGGUUGAUGUGCUUGCAGAUGAAAACAGGAUCCAUGCCAAAGCUGCUCUGACUGCAUUAAAUGUGUUUGCUGAAACUCUGCUGUUACUUGCUCGUGUCAAACAUGCUGAUGUGCUGAUGGCUAGGGGUGGUCAUAGUGCCUCUAUGAUUGUCUCCAGUCCUUCUACAAAUCCGGUGUAUUCACCGCAUCCAAGUGUGCGAAUACCAGUGUUUGAACAACUUUUGCCUCGGUUGUUGCAUUGCUGUUAUGGGAGCACAUGGCAAGCGCAGAUGGGAGGAGUAAGUGGUUUAGGUGCACUGGUAGGGAAAGUGAAUGUUGAAACAUUAUGUCUUUUCCAAGUAAAAAUUGUACGUGGUCUGGUAUACGUUCAAAAGAGGCUUCCUGUUUAUGCUAGCAAUGAGCAAGAAGAGACAAGUCAGGUUCUUAUGCAGAUUCUAAGAGUGGUUAAUAAUGUUGACGAAGCAAACAGUGAGGCCCGGAGACAAAGCUUUAAAGGUGUCGUAGAAUAUCUUGCUACUGAAUUGUUCAAUCCUAAUGCAUCUAUCACAGUCAGAAAAAAUGUUCAGAACUGUCUUUCACUUUUGGCUAGCCGGACUGGUAGUGAGGUAUCUGAACUGCUUGAGCCUUUAUACCAACCGUUGCUGCAGCCACUUAUAAUGCGUCCACUUCGAUCAAAGACAAUUGAUCAACAGGUUGGAACUGUGACAGCUCUGAAUUUUUGUUUAGCACUGAGGCCUCCCCUUCUAAAAGUGACUCCAGAGCUGGUUAGCUUCUUGCAAGAAGCGUUACAAAUAGCUGAGGCUGAUGAAGCUGUAUGGGCUGUAAAGUUGAUGAGUCCUAAAGUGCUUACAUCAUUGAACAAACUUCGAACAGCAUGUAUUGAGAUUCUGUGCACAACUAUGGCGUGGGCUGACUUUCGAACUCAAAGUUACAAUGAACUACGGGCAAAGAUAAUUUCCAUGUUUUUCAAGUCUUUAACCUGUAGAGCACCAGAAAUUGUGACCGUUGCCAAGGAGGGUUUAAGACAGGUUAUCAAUCAACAACGGAUGCCCAAAGAACUUCUUCAGAGUAGCCUCAGACCUAUACUAGUUAAUCUGGCACACACAAAGAAUCUCAAUAUGCCUUUACUGCAAGGUCUGGCACGUCUUCUUGAACUUCUAUCAAAUUGGUUCAAUGUGACAUUAGGAGGUAAGCUGCUGGAGCACCUCAAAAAAUGGUUAGAGCCAGAGAAACUUGCACAGUCCCAGAAAUCAUGGAAAACCGGCGAAGAGCCGAAAAUUGCAGCUGCUAUUAUCGAGCUCUUCCAUUUACUUCCACUUGCUGCAUCAAAAUUUCUAGAUGAACUUGUAACAUUAACCAUCGACUUAGAAGCAGCUCUUCCUCCAGGGCAAGUGUACAGUGAGAUUAACAGCCCAUACCGCCUUCCGCUUACCAAGUUCUUGAAUCGAUAUGCCACCCUAGCUGUUGAUUAUUUUCUUUCCAGAUUAAGCGAACCAAAAUAUUUCCGAAGGUUUAUGUCCAUAAUUCGGUCAGAUGCAGGCCAACCAUUAAGAGAAGAACUUGCAAAAUCUCCACAUAAGAUACUUUCAUAUGCCUUUCCUGAAAUUUUACCAAAAUCUGAAGUCAUACUGAGUGCGGCAGCUUCAACUCCUCCAGCUGCACCAUCUGGAGAUGAAAAACCCGUCCCUAUGCAAAUAGAAAGUUCUAACACGCCAUCAACUAUCUCCAAUAUAGCAUCAGAUGCGUACUUUCAGGGACUCUAUCUGAUCAAAACAAUGGUGAAACUGAUACCCAGCUGGCUGCAGAGUAACCGUACUGUUUUUGAUGCCUUGGCUCUUCUUUGGAAAUCACAUGCAAGGACAGCUCGUUUGCAGAAUGAGCAAGAGCUAAAUUUAGUUCAGGUAAAAGAGAGCAAAUGGCUUGUCAAGUGCUUCCUCAAUUAUCUACGACAUGAAAAAUCUGAAGUGAACAUUCUUUUCGAUGUUCUCUCUAUUUUCUUGUUCCAUAGUCGUAUUGACUACACCUUUUUGAGAGAGUUUUACAUUAUUGAGGUUGCUGAAGAAUAUCCGCCCAACAUGAAAAGAGCACUUGUUUUGCAUUUUCUAAACCUUUUCCAUUCAAAACAACUCGCCCAUGAUCAUCUAGUUCAGGCAAUGCAAAUGCUCAUUCUUCCAAUGCUUGCCCAUGCCUUCCAAAACGGUCAAACGUGGGAAGUUAUUGAUCCUAAUAUAGUGAAGACCAUUGUUGAGAGGCUUCUUGAUCCACCUGAAGAGGUUUCUGCUGAAUAUGACGAAUCUUUGAGGAUCGAACUUUUGCAAUUAGCUACUUUGCUUCUGAAAUAUCUUCAGGGUGAUCUGGUUCAUCAUAGAAAAGAGCUCAUCAAGUUUGGAUGGAAUCAUCUCAAACGGGAAGAUAGUGUCAGUAAACAGUGGGCAUUUGUUAAUGUUUGCCAUUUCUUGGAUGCUUACCAGGCUCCGGAGAAAAUCAUUCUGCAGGUUUUUGUUGCGCUUCUUAGGACUUACCAGCCGGAGAAUAAGAUGCUAGUUAAGCAAGCCCUAGAUAUUCUAAUGCCUGCUUUGCCUAAAAGGCUUCCACUUGGAGAUUCAAGAAUGCCGAUUUGGAUAAGAUACACCAAAAAAAUUUUGGUGGAGGAGGGUCAUUCAAUUCCAAAUUUGAUCCACAUCUUCCAACUCAUUGUUCGGCACUCAGAUCUGUUUUACAGCUGUAGAGCACAGUUUGUACCUCAGAUGGUGAAUUCCUUAAGUCGUCUAGGUUUGCCAUAUAACACAACAGCAGAAAAUAGGCGUCUCGCAAUCGAACUUGCUGGAUUAGUUGUUAGCUGGGAAAGGCAAAGACAGAAUGAGAUUAAAACGGUUACUGAUGCCGAUGCUACCAAUGAUGUCAGUGAUGGGUUACAUUCUUCAUCCGGUGCAGACCCUAAGCGCUCAGCAGAUGGAUCUUCCAUAUCUGAAGACCCAAGUAAACGAGUUAAAAUUGAACCUGGUCUCCAAUCAUUGUGUGUUAUGUCACCUGGUGGUGCAUCGUCAAUCCCCAAUGUAGAAACUCCUGGAUCAGCUACCCAGCCUGAUGAGGAAUUCAAGCCAAAUGCUGCUAUGGAAGAACUAAUCAUCAACUUUCUUAUAAGAGUAGCAGUGGUAAUUGAGCCUAAGGACAGGGAAACCAAGACUAUGUACAAACAAGCUUUAGAUUUUCUUUCACAAGCUUUGGAAGUUUGGCCAAAUGCAAAUGUCAAGUUUAACUAUUUAGAAAAGCUGCUAAGCAGCAUGCCACCCUCCCAGUCAGAUCCAUCUACAGCACUUGCUCAGGGACUGGAUGUCAUGAACAAGGUUCUGGAGAAGCAGCCGCAUCUUUUCAUUACGAACAACAUCACCCAAAUCUCACAGUUUCUUGAGCUAUCGUUCAAACACAAGAUGUUGGAUGCUGGUAAAUCGUUGUGCUCUUUGUUGAAGAUGGUCAUCACUGCCUUCCCACAGGAUGGAGCUAAUACACCUCCUGACAUAAAGCUAUUGUAUCAGAAAGUCAAUGAGCAGAUACAGAAACAUGUACAUGCUGUUGCUGUUCCACAAGCUUCAGGAGAUGAUAACUCUCUCGGUUCAAUCAGCUUUGUAGUUAUUGUCCUUAAAACCUUGGCAGAGAUACAGAAAAACUUUGUUGAUCCAUAUGUACUGGUGCGUAUCCUUCAGCGUCUUUCGCGGGAUCUGGGAUUGGCAACGAGUGCUCAUCCUAGACAAAGCCAGCGGACAGAUUCAGAUUCUGCAGUAACUUCUUCUCGUCAAACUGCUGAUGUUGGGGCAGUCAUAUCUAAUAUAAAGUCGGUCUUAGAACUUAUUGAUGAAAGGGUUAUGCUUGUGGCUGAUUGCAAAAGACCCGUGACUCAAAUAUUGAGCACUUUGCUUUCAGAAAAGGGUACUGAUUCGAGCGUGCUUCUCUGCGUGCUAGACAUGUUAAAAAGAUGGGCUGAGGAUGAUUUCGGAAGAAUAGGUUCAUCUGGGUCCUCUGGUGCUUUCCUUACCCAGAAGGACAUAGUUUCUUUUCUUCAGAAGCUUUCACAGGUUGAUAAGCAGCACUUCUCAUCUUUUGCUUUGGAAGAGUGGGAUAAGGCGUAUCUUCAGCUAUUAUAUGGACUUUGUGCCGAUUCAACGAAGUAUCCGCUGGCCCUCCGACAAGAGAUCUCCCUGAAAGUUGAAAGACAUUCAAUGCUUGGUUUACGGGCAAGGGAUCCUGAGAUGCGAAGGAAGUUCUUCUUGUUAUACCACGAGUCUCUCGGAAAAAAUUUAUUCUCAAGGCUGCAGUACAUUAUUCAAAGCCAAGAUUGGGAAGCUAUGAGUGAUGUGUUUUGGCUCAAACAGGGUCUUGAUCUCCUCCUAGCCAUCUUAAUCGAGGAGAAGCCAAUUACUCUAGCACCGAAUUCUGCCAGGGUAGUACCACUUCUUCCUUCACAUAGUCCUGGAGUACACCACCAACCACCUGCUAUGCCGGAGGGACCUGAAGAAGUCGCUUCAAUGUUUGAAAACAUUGUUCAGAAGCAUGCACAAUUUCUUUGCGCGGCAAGCAAACUUCAGGUGGCUGAUGUUGUUAUCCCUCUAAGGGAGCUGGCUCACACAGAUGCCAAUGUUGCUUAUCAUUUGUGGGUGCUAGUAUUUCCAAUCGUGUGGGCAACCCUACACAAGGAAGAGCAGAUAGCUUUGGCUAAACCUAUGAUUUCUCUCCUGUCAAAGGACUACCACAAGAAGCAGCAAGGACACAGGCCGAAUGUUGUGCAAGCACUUCUGGAAGGGCUUCAGUUGAGCCACCCUCAACCUAGGAUGCCUAGUGAGCUUAUCAAAUAUAUCGGAAAAACAUACAAUGCAUGGCACAUCGCAUUGUCUUUGCUAGAGACCCAUGUCAUGCUGUUCAUGAAUGACUCAAAAUGUGCCGAGUCUCUUGCUGAGCUAUAUCGUUUGUUAAAUGAAGAAGACAGGAGAUUUGGUUUGUGGAAGAAUAGGUCCAUCACUGCCGAAUCGAGAGCUGGGAUUUCAAUGGUUCAACAUGGUUUUUGGCAGCGUGCUCAGAGCCUUUUCUAUCAGGCGAUGGUUAAGGCAACCCAAGGCACUUACAAUAACACCGUACCGAAGGCUGAAAUGUGCCUGUGGGAGGAGCAAUGGCUCCACUGUGCCACUCAACUUGGUCAGUGGGAUGCCCUGGUAGAUUUUGGAAAAAGCACUGAGAAUUAUGAAAUUUUGCUUGAUAGUCUGUGGAAAGUACCAGAUUGGGCAUAUUUGAAGGAUCAUGUGAUACCCAAGGCACAAAUCGAAGAGACGCCGAAGCUUCGUUUGGUUCAAGCUUGUUUUUCCCUUCAUGACAAAAAUGCAAAUGGUGUCGGAGAUGCUGAAAACAUAGUUGGGAAAGGCGUUGAUCUUGCCUUGGAACAGUGGUGGCAGUUACCUGAAAUGUCUCUUCAGGCUAGAGUGCCUCUACUGCAGCAAUUCCAACAACUAGUGGAGGUGCAAGAGUCUUCUAGAAUUUAUGUUGACAUCGCAAAUGGGAGUAAAGUUCCAGGAAAUGCUGCUGUUGGUGUACAAAAUCAGUAUGCUGAUCUGAAGGACAUUCUUGAGACUUGGAGGCUGAGGACUCCAAAUGAAUGGGACAACAUGACUGUCUGGUAUGAUAUGCUGCAGUGGAGGAAUGAAAUGUAUAACAUUGUUAUUGAUGCAUUUAAGGACCUUAUAACGUCAAAUACUCCACUUCAUCACCUUGGUUAUCGUGACAAAGCAUGGAACGUCAAUAAGCUUGCUAGGAUAGCUCGGAAACAAGGGCUUAAUGAUGUUUGCGUUCAGAUACUUGACAAAAUGUAUGGACACUCACAAAUGGAAGUACAGGAAGCCUUUGUUAAAAUUAAAGAGCAGGCAAAAGCUUAUAUGGAAACAAAAGGAGAGCUUGCGACUGGUCUUAAUUUGGUUAAUAGCACAAAUUUGGAGUUCUUUCUAGCGAAGAACAAGGCAGAGAUAUUUCGUCUAAAGGGGGAUUUCCAUUUGAAGUUAAACGACACUGAAGGUGCUAAUAUUGCAUAUUCCAAUGCAAUCACCCUAUUCAAGAAUUUACCCAAGGGAUGGAUAAGCUGGGGAAAUUACUGUGACAUGGCAUACCAGGAAACAGAAGAUGAAAUUUGGCUAGAAUAUGCUGUCAGCUGCUUUCUUCAGGGUAUAAGAUUUGGAGUUUCCAAUUCCAGAAGUCACAUGGCUCGUGUUCUUUAUCUUCUUAGUUUCGAUUCAGCAAAUGAGCCUGUUGGUAGAAUAUUCGAUAAACACUUGGAACAAGUACCUCACUGGGUGUGGCUCUCUUGGAUCCCACAGCUGUUGCUUUCCCUGCAGCGAACAGAAGCACCCCAUUGCAAAUUGGUUCUACUGAAAAUUGCUGCAGUAUUCCCGCAGGCUCUCUAUUACUGGCUCCGCACAUACUUACUGGAGCGCCGGGAUGCGGUAAAUAAAUCUGAACUUAGCAGAGUGGUUUUGGCUCAACGAAUGCAGCAAAAUGUUCCUGGUGUUAGUGCGGGUCAUGGUGGCGGUAAUAUAUCAUCGGAAACUCAAAUCCAUCAAGGUGCUCAAAGUAGUGGGGCUGUUGGAACCCAUGACGGUGGUAACCCACAUGCCCAAGAAAGUGAACGUUCCACUGUGGGUAACAAUGUGCAUCCAGGGAAUGAUCAACCUAUGAACCAAAGUAGUUCAGCUAUCAUUGAGAAUAGUCAAAACGCAGCAAUACGGAAUGGUGCUUCGUUGGCAAUCUCUGCUGCUGGUGCUUUUGAUGCGGCAAAGGAUAUUAUGGAAAAUCUUAGGAGUAAACAUAACAACUUGGCCAGUGAACUUGAGAUUCUUCUCACAGAAAUAGGUUCGAGGUUUGUUACUUUACCAGAAGAAAGACUUCUUGCUGUUGUGAAUGCUUUGUUGCAUCGAUGUUACAAAUAUCCAACUGCUACCACUGCUGAAGUUCCGCAACCGCUCAAGAAAGAACUCUCGGGUGUAUGCAGAGCUUGUUUUUCUGCAGAUGCUGUGACCAAGCAUGUCGAAUUUGUGAGAGAAUACAAACAGGAUUUCGAGCAUGGCCUGGAUCCAGAAAGUAAGUCAUUCCCUGGCACACUCGCAGAGCUGACAAAGAAACUGAAAGAAUGGAAACACAUUCUUCAGAGCAAUGUUGAAGACAGAUUCCCCGCUGUGCUGAGAUUGGAAGACGAGAGCAAGGUGCUGCGUGACUUCAAUGUUGUUGAUGUGGAGAUACCAGGACAGUACUUUGCUGACCAGGAAGUAGCACCUGAUCAUACAGUAAAGUUGGAUAGGGUUGGAGCAGACAUACAAAUUGUACGAAGGCAUGGGAGCAGCUGCAGACGUUUGACUCUUAUAGGCUCUGAUGGCUCGCAAAAGCAUUUUAUUGUUCAAACAUCACUAACUCCUAAUGCGAGAAGUGAUGAGCGAAUCUUGCAGCUUUUCCGUGUGAUGAACCAAAUGUUUGAUAAGCAUAAAGAGUCAAGAAGACGCCAUAUAGGAAUUCAUACUCCGAUCAUUAUCCCUGUCUGGUCUCAGGUCCGAAUGGUUGAGGAUGAUCUCAUGUACAACACUUUCCUUGAGGUGUAUGAGAACCACUGUGGAAGGAAUGGUCGAGAAUCAGAUCUUCCUAUUACCUACUUCAAGGAGAAACUCAAUCAAGCUAUCUCGGGGCAAAUCUCACCAGAGGCAAUUGGAGAUCUUCGGCUACAGGCUUAUGGUGAGAUCACAAAGAACAUAGUCAGUGACAGUAUUUUCUCUCAGUACAUGUACAAGACAUCGAUGAGCGGAAGCCAUCUUUGGGCUUUCAAGAAGCAAUUCGCUGUCCAGCUAGCUGUCUCCAGUUUCAUGUCUUUUGUCCUACAAAUCGGUGGGAGAUCCCCAAACAAGAUCUUAUUCGCCAAAAACACUGGAAAAAUGCUCCAGACAGAUUUUCAUCCAACUUAUGACUCCAAUGGGAUGAUUGAGCUUAACGAACCCGUGCCUUUCCGCCUCACAAGGAACAUGCAAGCAUUUUUCUCACAAUUUGGUGUCGAAGGCCCUCUCAUGUCAAACAUGUGUUCUGCAUCUCAAGCAGUUUUCUCUUCCAAGCAAAAGGAACAUCUUCGGUAUCAAUUAGCCAUGUUCUUCCGCGAUGAGCUUCUGUCUUGGUUUGGAAGAAAACCUCUCGGAAUGCCUAUUCCUCCUGCUGCAGGAGUUGCUACUAUGAGCUCGGCCGAGCUCAAGCACAAAGUUAACUCAAACGUAGACGAAGUCAUUGGGCGAAUCAAAGGAAUAGCUCCACAGUAUUUCUCUGAAGAGGAUGAGAACUCGGUGGAGCCGCCACAGUCUGUGCAAAGAGGUGUGAAUGAAUUGGUGGAAGCAGCUUUGUCGCCUCGCAACCUAUGUAUGAUGGAUCCAACAUGGCAUCCUUGGUUCUAACUUUUGCCUUCGAGGAAACUUGUAACCAUUUUGGGGUAGAAUUUGAGUUGAAGUGGUUAGGUUUGUAAAUAGUUAACCUUAUGUGUUCAACAAACUCUCUAGGUUUCUUUUUUGGGAAUUUUGUCUUCAAACAUUCACUCAUCUUCAAAGUAAAACUAAUAUACAUAUAUAUACAUAAAGUGGAAGUUUCCUCUACACAACAAUUCGCAAGCUUCACUGGUAAUUGUUUA